UGAUUAUCGAUUUCAUUUGAUACUUGGCGAAACAUUCAAUUCUUUUCAACUUUUCUUAUCCUUCUUCUUCCUUAAAUAAUCUUUUCUUGGAAGAAGAAGGAAAGAUUUGUCCAACUUGCAGACUUCCUAUUAAAAUUUUCACUUUUCUUAAGACUAAAGUGAAUCACAUUAGACGUCAAGAUGAAUGAUUUGUUCUCCCAAUCUUUUAAGCAAUAUGAAGAUAAUGACUUGGAGGCGGGGCGCGGCGGUGGCGGGAGUGACAAUCCCGAUCUUGACAAAUUCUUCGAAGAUGUCGAGAGUGUCAAGGAAGACAUGGAUGGAGUCGAGAAACUCUACAAGAGGCUACAAGAGGCGAAUUCGGAGAGCAAAACGGUCCAUAAUGCCAAUGCCAUGAAGCAACUCCGGUCCAAGAUGGACUCAGAUGUCUCUCAAGUGCUGAAGCGUGUACGAGUCAUCAAAGGCAAGAUUGAGGCGCUUGAUAAGGCUAACAUCGCCAACCGCAAGCUCCCUGGUUGUGGGCCUGGCUCGUCAACUGACAGAACUCGUACAUCGGUUGUUAGUGGUUUGGGGAAGAAGCUUAAGUCUUUGAUGGAUGACUUUCAAUCAUUGCGAACCCGCAUGAAUGAUGAGUACAAGGAGACUGUUGCUAGAAGAUACUUUACAAUUACGGGUGAGAAACCAAGUGACGACGUUAUUGAAGAUCUCAUCGCUAAUGGGGAAGGGGAAGAUUUCAUGCAAAAAGCCAUCCAAGAUCAAGGUCGCGGUCAAGUUAUGGACACUAUCAACGAAAUUCAAGAAAGGCAUGAUUCUGUGAAAGAAAUAGAAAAAAAUUUGAUGGAACUCCAUCAAAUUUUCUUGGACAUGGCCGCACUAGUUGAGGCCCAGGGGCAACAACUGAACGAUAUUGAGAGCCACGUAGGGCACGCAAGUUCAUUUGUGCACCGCGGGACUGAACAACUAGUUGAGGCAAGAGAACUGCAAAAGAACUCGAGGAAAUUCACCGUCAUCGCGAUCUUCCUUAUUAUCCUUCUUAUAAUCGUCAUACUUUAUCCAGUUUGGUUCCCAAUGCUGAUAAAUAGCUUCUAAGAUGAGUUAAGAUACUGGGUGGAAGAAGUCAAUUAUGUUUUCGCGGACUUUGUCCCUUAUUAUUGUGCCUUGAAAACAAUUCGUGUUUAUGUUUUCAUUUUCUAAAGAGGU